UCCAAAGAGCGCGGGCAGAAACAUACUUUGGAUAUGUCCCGGCAAAGAUGUGAGAAGAGAGAGAGAGACAGCCAAACGCGACAUCAACGUCGACGUCAAUGCAGAGCAUGGAAUUCACAGCCCUUGGACGAACAAACUUUUGUUGUUACAAAUCCGCUGGCUCUUGGCUUGCGCUUCCGCAGCUCCCGACAGCCUCAUCGUCUUCAUCGAUGCCUUCGCUUAGUGGACAUCGCUUUCUUGGAUAUAUUAAGCUUUUUCUUCUUACUAUGCGUGUAUUCCCUGCUUCUGCCGUAGGCCUUAGUAGUUUUCAUAUUCUAUGGCCGUCAAUAUGUUUGAGUUGCUCUCCUACAUUGGGGGGAACGAGCCUUCAUUGGAGGUUUUGGUGCUUGUAUGGUGUUUGAUUUAAUUCCCAACCAGGCUGCGCAUUGAUACUAUUGUCUUUGGGGCUCGGCUUGAGAGGGUUUAAUUUAAUGGAGAGUUCUAGUUCAACACGGUAUAGCAGGUCAUCUCAGCCUCAAUCCUUGGCUGCAAUUCAGAGGAAGAGCGGUUACGAGCCAUCUGACACGGAGACUGAGCAGCAUGAAAGUCGCUGGCGCGAUUUCAAUCGAAGGAAUGGAGAUAUUGGGUUAGAAGGGUUUAAUUUGAAUCCGGAUCAAGGCAGAACUAUAAGCCCUUUGAGACUUAGCCGGAGACACUCUGCGAGGUUUUUCGACGGUGAAACUUCCUCUCCCACUGAACCUUUGAGAUCCAGUCCCCCUCGGAGGAGGCACAGUAAAUCUCCUUAUAAACCGCGUAGAGAUGAUGGUAAUGUUCGCUCUCCUUCACCGGUUUCUGGUUUCCCUGGAAAUGGUAACCCUCUUUCACCUGAACUUGCUUCAGAUUCUAGAAGAAAUGUUAGCCCCUUUUCAAAGUUAGAGGGUCGCAGGCAUAUUUCUCCAUACAAACCUGCAGGAGAUGAACUUAACUGGGGCCAGAAUGAUUCAAUAAGUUCAAACGCAAAACAGAACCGCAUGCAGGAUGACAAAAAUGUCAGCAUUCGGGAAAGGAAGGUUAACGAAGUAAGUAGGGCGAGUGGGAAAUCAAACUAUAGCCAUAGGUCUCUUUCUGCUCCAAGACCUAGAUCAAGAGAGAAUGAUCAACAAAUUAGAUCUGGUCAUACACAACAAAAUGGUUAUAGGACACCCUCUCCACUGCCAGGAAGCAUGUCUCUGAAAGACAGGAAGGCUUCUCAUAGAAAUACUCCUUCAGUUGGUGAACUCAAUGAAAUGGUUGCCGAUGCAAAGAUUUCUAGAGUUCCAUUAACUGGAGGUCCAGAUUUCGAAAGCACGGACUCCAUUUCACAGGGUGAUAUUUUCUUUUCUCGUGAUUAUGCAAACUUGACAAUGACGAUGCAGAAGAUUGUCUUCCCAAAGAAGGAUUUUGCUGAGAGCAGAUUUAAUUCAAAGCCUCAAAAGUUUACUGGAAGAGAUCCCACUUCUCAUCAACAAAACAAAACAAAUGGUAAUUUUGGUCAUAGCUACCAGAGGAAUUCAUCCAGUACUGUUUUAACUCAAACAAUCUCCAGCUCUGCUGCAAGCAGGCAGACUAGUGAUAAGAUUAGCAGCAGUAGUGGUAGAUUCAGUGCCAUCAGUGGGAGGAGUAGUGCAAGCUUUGGAAAAUUUGUGACAAACAGAAAGAAGAGUCAGUCAGAAGCAUGGUUUUCCUGUCUAAAGAAAGGAUCGUGCAGGACGUUAAAAUCACCAGAAAAAACUAAAGAAUUUGACGAAGCUUCUAUGAUUGAGAAGGCAUUUGUAGUUGAAGGACUGAGACAGUUCUGGGCUGAUAAACAUCAGCCUGCUUCGCUUAAUGGAUUCACUUGCCACAGACAAGAAGCUCAAGUACUCAAGCAACUUGUGUCCGAAGGAGUAUGUCCACACAUUCUGCUCGGAGGACCUUCUGGAUCUGGCAAAAAGUCACUAAUAAAGGCUCUUCUACGUGAAAUUUUUGGAGAACCUGCUUCAGAUAUCUCUCACGACUUAGGACACUUUCAUAUUCAGGAAACAAGACCAGUGGAAGUAGCUGUUUCUGUAACCUCCAGUUCUCAUCAUGUGGAGCUGAAUGUAUACUUGGAACCUAAUGCUAGAUAUGCACUAAUGGCUUUGGUCAAGCAAAUAAGCAGCAGCUAUGCCAUUACCACUGAAAUCAGUAGUGCAAAUCCCGAAGCAGAUUAUAAAGUAAUGGUUCUUUAUGAGGUUGAUAAAGCUGCUGAGAACAUUCAACACUUGAUAAAAUGGAUCAUGGACUGUUACACAGAUUCUUGCAAACUCAUACUCUGCUGUGAAGAUGAUCUGAACAUUCUUGAACCAGUUAGAAACUGUUGCAAAAUUAUUAAGGUUGAUCCUCCUGUGACUCAUGAAAUCAUGGAGGUUCUUGGUCAGAUAGCUAGGAAGGAAGACUUUGACCUACCAACGAGUUUUGCUGCUAAGAUUGCUUCCAAGUCAAAGCAUAAUCUAAGAAAAGCAAUUAUGGCUCUUGAAGCAUGCAAAGCACACAACUAUCCCUUUGUUGAAGAGCAACCAAUUCCACUUGGAUGGGAAGAGGUCUUAGAGGAACUUGCCGCAGAAAUUCUAGCUGAUCCAUCACAUAAGAGAUUUUUUGCAGUACGGGGAAGGAUUCAAAAACUUCUCAUGGAUUUUGUUCACCCCAAACUGAUUCUGCAGAAGCUUGUGGAACAGUUUCUUAAGGGAGUUGAAGCUAGUUCGAAAAGAGAACUUUACUUUUGGCAUGGGUACUAUGAUAAGAGGCUCCCAGCUGGAACAAGCGCAUUGCUGAAGCUCGAAGAAUUUGUUGCGAAAUUCAUGGGCAUACAUAGGAAGAACAUCAGCAAUCUACAGAACCACUCAUAGUUUGCAACGGCUUGCUGAAAAUAUAUAUAUGAUUGCAGCCUAUCUCUAAUAGUUUUUGUUGAUAAAGAUGUUGUUAUGGCAGUUGUUUUGAUUUAAAAACAACCCAAAAAAACGAGGGAAAUAAUGCUUUCUCAUCCUAGCAGAUCAUAUUGACAUGUCAUGGCCGCAAAACUGCAACUUUUGCUUGUCAAUUUUGGGUCAUGAAAACAUCCACAUCUUCUUCCUCAAACAAAUAAGGCAAGUUUGCCCUAUCUUCAAAAUUACUACCAGCUCAAAGACUAUCCUUCUAUCUAGAAUGGAAAUCUGCUAUUUCUGCCUUCGCGACACAGACAGAGGUUCUCUGAGUGAAGAUGAGAAGUUGCAGUUUUUAGAUGCUAAAUCCAAUUUCAAGCUGCUAACCAAGAAUUGGUAUUUGUUAUCAUUUCAAGUUUCUGCUUUGAAGCAAGCAGCAAAAGGCUGCCCGUUUCAUUCAAUGACCACCACAGAUGAGAUGACUAAGGGAAAGUUACAAAUAAAAACAUUUUCUUAUUCAUCAUCUUCAAUUUUCUAUUUCA